AUGGAGUACGAGAACGAACAGCGCCCCUACGACGACGAGCCUCGCGGCUACGAACGCGACCGCAGCCGGUCUCCGCGUGCUGACCGUCGCGAUGAGGGAGCGCGUCCUCGCAGCGCCUCUCCAGGUGGUCGCGAUAGCCGUGGUCCGCCCCCGGAGCGCAGGAACGAUGACGACGAGAGCCGCAACUCGGGCUCCAACCUCUUCGUCACCGGUAUUCACCCUACUCUCACUGAAGACGAAGUCACGCGUCUCUUCGAGAAGUACGGUGAUGUCGAGCAGUGCAACAUCAUGCGCGACCCCCACACUAAGGAGUCUCGCGGCUUCGGCUUCGUCAAGAUGGUUACUGCUGAGCAGGCCGAUAAUGCUAAGGAGGGACUGCAAGGAGAAGUUCACCAAGGCCGGACAUUGAGCAUCGAGAAGGCUCGCCGUGCACGCCCUCGCACACCUACCCCGGGCAAAUACUACGGUCCUCCCAAGCGCGAGUUCGGCGGGCGCGGCCGGGGCGGUCCUCGCUACGGUGGCGAUCGCGACUCGUACGACCGUCGCGGCGGUGGAUACGGCAGACGCGAUGACUAUGGCUCUCGCAGCUCGCGAUACGAUGAUCGUGGCUAUGGAGCUGGCCGCCGUGAUGACUAUCCCCGGGGUGUUGACCGCUAUGCUUCGGAGCGCAGGUACGACCGUCGUGGUGGCGGCAGUGACUACUAUGACAGGCCUCCUCCGCCAGCUGCCGGUGCCUACGAUGCCGCUCCUCCCCGUGACGCGUACGGUGGUGGAGGUGGAAGUGGAGGUCGCUCGUACAACGAGGGUGAUUACGAUCGCUCAUACCGCUAG